AAAUCUUUUAAAUAUGGCUUCUCUAUUUAAUAUUAAGACCUGUCUUUAUAAGAAACAUGUUCGUACAUAAUCGAAACUCUGACAUUUUAAAUGUUAUGAACAAUUAUAUCUUACGCAAAUGUCUAUGUUAUACAGAAGACAGGCUUAACUAGAUAAUAUAGGGGUUUUGCCAAAAUAUUUCGUUUAUUCUUAUGUUACACACAAUCUCAGUUUAUUAUUAGGGAGGCCUAUAAGACACACUGUACAGUCCCAGGAGCGUACAAGUAAUGCCCUUAUGUCUUUUCGAUUCCCAAGUACUCACUACAAACGUUUAAUAACGUGCCAACUCUUUAUCUGUGCAUUCAUCUUACGUCAAUAUUGACUCAGUUCAUGAUUAGGUUGUAAACAGAACAACUUCCUCGUGUAAAAUAUCAGGUCACACAUGUGUAGUGAGUGCUUAUUUGUUGUUAAGUAAACUUGUGCAUUUAUUUAGUUUGUGAGUUUUAGUUCUCUCCAGAUUGCUGUUGAGAUCCUAAGUAAAUUCGUGGAGAAUAAGGAAAGAGUAUCAAGACUACGGGACCUACAAAGGAUUGGUUUGAUGAAAACUGGGGAGGUGGCGGGGUCUGACAGUGGUCGGUCACUUGACUGGGACGAGGAUGAUGACGUGGAGGUUGAUGGUAACGUGUCUGACAACUCCAGCGAUAAGGCAACCAAACACUUAGUACAAGAUUCAGACAGUUCUGGCAGUGAGGGGGGAGGUAGACGGUCGGUGAGAGCAAAGUGGCGUUAUCUAGGUGGCAGUGGUGGCAGUAUCACCCCUGGCAGGCGGCGGCGACCUGGUCUCUCAGCUAGGGAACGCAACAUGAGGCGAUUAGAGAGCAACGAGCGUGAACGGAUGAGGAUGCACUCCUUGAAUGACGCUUUUGAGCAAUUGAGAGAAGUGAUUCCCCAUGUCAAGAUGGAAAGGAAGCUGUCAAAGAUAGAGACAUUGACAUUAGCCAAAAACUACAUCAUGGCACUGACCAACGUGAUUUGUGAGAUGAGAGGGGAUGAAAAGCCUUACACGUUUCUUCACGUUGACAAUGAAAAUGAGGAAGAGGAACAGAACAACAACACACUGUUUCAGGAGAGUUUGGAACCACCCGGUUGUGACAACACCACAUGAGUUCUUUCUUAGUUCCUGAUUGUUCUUCUCAGUCGUUCCACGCGUGUUCGUUGGGAAAACCUCACAGCUCUACAGCUUUUGGCGAAGACCAGUACUUUGGUGUGCUCCGAGGAUUUGGAAUUGCCUCUUGCUGAUUACUGCCAUGUAAUAUGACAUUGAUAAAGGUAGUAUCAAAUAGGGUGGCAUUUGAAGGUAUUGCUGAAUAUAGAACGAAGUGAUAGAGAACUCUUCCCUCUGAUCAUGCUGUGUGGGUAGGGUAGUGACAACACCACGGUAGGUGGAACACAAACAUUUAUGGUUUCUAUAGCAAACACUAAAAAAGAAAUGAGUACUACUGAGGUGACACCCUGAUUUGUGCAACCUUUAACUUUCCUGAUUAUCCUUCCACUUCAAAACUCUGUUGCAUCAUAUUUUUAAUGAAUUUUAUUAAACUGUGUUAGUAACAUUACAUCUUACAGAACAAUAAAUCUGGUAUUAAAAAAUUAAUUCAUUAACUUCAGUAAAGCUAUGAUUUAAAUGUAAUUUUCUUUAGUUAAAGGCUUCUAAAGAAUUCUUGUUCUUGUCAUUGCAUUGUUUUCUUACUGUCUACUAGUUUUUAGAGCCCACAUGUAAGGAAUUCCACUAUCGCAGGAAUUAUCUGUUUAAGCUUCUGUUUUGAAUAGCUAUUUACUUUACUUAAUGUAAGUAUUACUAACUACACUGAUUUGGAUACAAAACAUGUAGUAUAAGCAAUGACUGGUAUUACAAAAGAUUUUCAGCUAUUAUACAUUUUAAAAUUCAACACCUACUCUCAAUCAGAAUUCUGUGCAAAUGCAAACAAAAGUGUACUCUUUAUAAAUUGUAUCAAAACUCGAUACCAUUUGUUUUUAGCCUAUGGAGGGUAUUUUAAACAAAUAAAAGUCAAAGACAUAUUUCAUUAUUUUUUGUUAGUACCCAUAUAUUUUUGCAAACUUUUUUAGUGUUCAAUAAAUUACCAAGGUACUAUUCCCAUUUUACUGAUCUAUUGUUUGUCUAAAAAUCAACAGAAAUUAAAUCUCAAACAUAUAACGCAUUGUAUUUCUUCUUCACAACCAAAUAGAUAGUAAAAAGUAUUUUCUCCAAUUCCUUUAUAUUGCACAGAUUGUGGUCUACUGGAAAUGUAUAUAAAAUUUGUAUGUAUGUUAGAAUUGUGUAAUUUUUUCCUUUUAAAAAUAUUUGACUCUCCCCCCAUCCCAAAUGCAUAAUCAACUAACAUAUGGGUACAAAAUAGUGAUUUUGUACACAGUUCAGUUAAAUUGCUGAAUAUUUAAACAUUCAGCAUGAUUAAACACCUUUAUCAAUGAAAUGUAUAGUGUAAACCUAAUAUUUACCCAGUUGAAAAAUACUUACGAAGCUCAAAAAUAUGGUAUUUACUAAAUUAUUGUUCCUCUUAAUUUCUAAUUUCUGUCUCUUAUUGUAUUUAAUUCCUAAUGGGAGAAAGUAUGCCACAGAAAGCUUGGAAUCAGCUAUUUAGAAAAAUAAGUAACACAAUAUACAUAAUAUUUUGGGAGGUAAAAUCUCCAUCUAGUGAGCUGAUUGUAGUACUAUUUGUUUGACUUUGAACACUCCAAUAGUAUCACGACGAUGGGAGUAUGACCUUAUUGCUAGGCAUGGUUAACUAUUACCCAGGUAUAAUACUUUAAAACCUUUGCAUUGUAAAAGAAUUAUUAGUUUUGAAAAUAUUUUGUAAGAAAUUACUCAAUAUUAAAUACUAAACUGAAUAAUAAAUAUCGAGUCAUAGUUACCAUAACCUCAUUUCUCACAUCAAUAUUCCACAUUUCCUUUAAAACAAAACUAUUUAUAUAUUUUUGUUUCCUUUUUUUACUUACAUACUUUUAUCACUUCCUAGGUUACCCUCGAUACAAUGUAAAAACACAAUAUUUCAUUUUCCAUGAAAUCCUGCUAAAUACCAAAACAAAAUAUUCUACUUUAUAAAAAAAUCUUCCUUAUGACAUGUAAAAAAUAUAUUUUACAUGUUUUUAAAACUUUAUUAAAAGAUGCUAAUUUAAGCUUAUUUUUCUUAAAACAUGUUUGUAUUAGUGGAGUCAUUUAAUUAAUUGUUAUGUAAUUUUAGUCGGUUAAGUUAUAUUGAACCAUAUUGGUUAUCAGGGUCUAGUUAUGUAUAGUAAUUGUUAUUUAAGAAUAAGUGGAAUAAAUUCAACAAUUGUUUUUGUUGCCUUAGAAUUGCAAAACUAUUGUUUUGUAUAAUAUACUUCAUUGUAAAAGAUAAAUAUUUUCGUAAAUCUGUAAAAAAAUUAACUUGUCAUAACAUUGUAAACCAGAUUUGUUUGUUAACACAUGGGUCUGACCAAUAAACACAUGAACUUCCUGAUAUGACAAUAUACAAACUUGUACAGCUUUGUAUAUACUGGCAUAUAACCUCCCAGUCAUAGUCAGCUGUAUAGUUGUACAAAUGUGUAGAGCUCAGAUAAAAAACAUCUUUCUUUUUAUUGAUGGAAUUACUGAGUGAUGAGCGACAGGAAAUAUUUGUGAGAUUAAUUGAUUAUGGCUAUAGGUAUAAGGUGUGCACUGGCAGGUUCUGUAUACUGGUGGUUGUCAGAUUGCAUGUGAGUCCACCAAGAGAAAGAGGUGCAAGUCUUAAGAGAGAGGCAGAUGUUAGGUAGAGUUUACUACUUGCACAGUUGAGUGAUCCGAGGAACUUGAACUUGAGUAACUACUAAAGCAACUGACGACAUCAGAAGAAUUCUCCAACAUUCUGUGUAAAGCAAUUUUAGCGUUUGCCAUGUCCUGUAGUCUAAAGUUCUCUAAGUGUAGAUAUAUCACGUGGCAGUUGCCAUAUUGGAUUACUUCGUGUGUUUAUAGGACAGACCUCAUACAUUUAGGAUUUAAUGAUCUGCUUCAAAAUUAAUAUGAGAUUUAACAUAGCAAAAUAUUCCGUCCACUUUGCUCAUAAGUACCGAAUGCUUUCAUUAGCUUUAAGUAUUAAGUUUAAGUUACCAAGUAAGUGAUACUAUUGUAAAUAAGAUAUUUUAUCAAAUGAAUUUGGAUUUUGGAUUGUAA